UAAAAAUCUCAUUCAUCCCAAAAUAAAAGUAGUGAGUGGGAGCACAUAACUGGUGGGAGAAUCGGGAGCUUAGAAUAUCAUUUUAACACUUCUCAGCCUGUGGUGAUAUCUAAGUGCAAUUUUAAUAAAAAAUAAUAUUUUUAAGUUCUUCUAGACCGUAAGAAACAUAAAAAUGACUUCCAAACGUACCGUCCUUAGUAGACCCAGAACCAAAUUAUAUGAUGCCAACUACAAUAUUGGAGAAAGUUACUACAAGGGUGCCUUAGACAGACUAGACAGGAAAUAUUCAGGCAGAUCACUGUCUCCACCACGUCAGCCAUCACCAGUUGCAGAAUCCAUUGCCGAACGCCAUGCCAGAAUCUUCGCUGACGAAGACCUAGAAUAUUCAAGGAGAAGAGCCGAAAAACACAUCAGAGAAGAAAAUGCGUUCGAUGCAAGGACUGCCCGUUUCAAUAGAGCCAGCGCCCUUCUGGCAGAUUCUAUGGACAAUGACAUCAGCGAUGAGACCGCCACAUCAAUCAGACGUCUAAGAGCUAACAAAAAAGUAUCUAUCAUAGACGACGCUGAUCUAGAAAACACCUCAAACAACCUCAAAUCGAUGCGCUUACUCGACAGAUCAGACAAGAUCCUCGAUUCAGUCGGCAUAAACGACUCGUUACCAAGAAAGAUGGCCGAAAAAGAUGUAGCCCAACGACGCAGCGCUUUAAAAAUGAGUUACAGACCAGAGGAAGACAGCUUGACCAAAUGGACGCCAUUGGAGAAUAACAUUACUUCCUACAGAGCCAGAAGGGAGGAAGUUACAGCGUCUAUCGAGUCUGACAGUGGAGCUUCCCGUAGAGCAAAACUCUCAAAGGACAGACUUAACGAUUUGGAAGAAGAAAUGGUAGCCAUGCAAGAGAAACAAGCUGCCAGAGAAGCCAGAGUUGCUAGACUAAGGAAGUUAGUAGCUGAAACAGAACAGGACUCAGCUAGUUUCGAAUUAUCUCAAGCUAAAGCUGAACGGGCAGAAUCCAGGAAAGAACGACUGGCAGUUGAAUAUUGAACAGGUUCAGAACGACAAGUUACGGUUAGUUAGAAGGAACGGCGUUAUUUUAAUUUGUACAUUUAAAACAAAGAAUAGUUUUAUAGGUAGUGUAGAUAUUUUUAUUCCCUAAGCAUUUUUCUUCAGUUUUCAGUAAAAAUGUCAUUUCAAUUAAUUUCUUCAUUUCUCAUUAUGAUGUUACUAUUGAAGAGUUAAUUCCACUUCUGAAAUAUUAGAAUUUACAAUUAUGACCAAACUUUUUUAACGUUGUGUUAAAUAUCAAACUUGACAUUCUAAUGGUAGACAUUGACAGAAUGGAGACAAGACCUGACACAUCUAAAACGAGACGACUACUAGAAACAACAGAGAUGAAAAUACUCCGACGAAUAUCAGGGAAAAGUCUGUGGGAUAGGGAGAGAAGCGAAAACAUAAAAAGAUCAUGCAAUGUAGAAGACAUAAAUGGAUGGGUGACAAAACGGAAACAGGAGUGGAACGAACACAUUAGUAGAAUGGCAGAGGAUAGGAUAGUACGAAUAGCACGAGAUAAGUCACUGAAUGGACGAAGAAGUAUUGGCAGACCAAGAAAAAGAUGGUGCGAUAACUUAAACAAUUUAGGAGGCUAAUAUUGUAGAAGAAACAGGCUUUAAAGCCUAUAUACAAGCAGGAAGAAGAAGAAGAAGACAUUAUAAUGGUAUGAGAACAAAUGCCAAUGUUGCACUUAAGUAAUUAAUUCAAAAUGUUCACAUUAGGCCUAGUUUGUUUACUAGAAAUAUCUCAGUGCGUGAUAUCAACUGGAGCCAAAUAGAAAAAAGUUAAAAUGCAAAUUUGUAUAGUAUUUUUACUACAAAAGCGAUAUUACGUAGGUCAAAAUUUUUGACUUAAGAGAACUGUCUAAACAUUAUAAUGUGACUUUUCAUUAUUGCCAUGUUUAUAAUAAUAAACAUGGCAAUAAUGAAAAGUCACAUUCUAAUGUUUUGACAGUUCUCUUACGUCAAAAAUUUUGACCUACGUAAUAUGCUUUUGUAGUAAAAAUACUAUAUUACGAUAACAUAAAAUUCUGUAUAUUUCCUUUUCCCUUUAUUUCUUUCUUCCUGGCUCAAUACUUGGUUUAAUGACGUAACGUCAUGACUUUCUUUAUGUGGGUUUAUCGCGAUAGGGCUUUUCUACCCUUACAGCAUCUUUCGUGAUACUGCAGAACAUUUUUGAGUCCCGCCUGAGCGACGAGAUUGGCUCACAGACCACAAUAUUCAUACAUAUGUUACAUCUGUUUGUAUCAGCUCUUCGUUUCAACCCCCAGGUUUUUAUUAUAACUCUUUUGCAGUCCCAUAAUAGCUGUGCAAUUCCGAUUGAAAUAUUAAUGAGAAUAUUUUAAGUGAACCUGGGGUCUAAGAUGUUUAACCUUACUGCUUCCCUUCCAAAUAGAUUGAGCUUCCCUUCCAAAUACACUAGCCAAUUUUGGAAGAAGAACUCAUAGAAAAGAAGCAAACAUUUUGUUAUUAAUCAUGUUAGGAUUAUGGUUUAGGAGGAGCAGUAUCAAUUACUGAGCCCUUAGGAUAUUUAGACCAUCUAGGGCAGAUCCAUAGUAUCAUCUCUUAACCUAUAAUCCAUUAAAAGACUGUUACAUCUCAGAAAGCCACAACUUCCUUAACAAAAUCACCUUAACCUGUUUCCGCUGGAUAAACUUUUAUACAAAGACAUGGCAUAUUUGGCAAUGACAGACGACAUGUGAGGACCUUUCUUCCUUCCCAUCUUAUUGACAACAUCGUGGACUAUUUAAUAAUUCGAGCACAUGAAGAUGUCGUUCGUAGCGAUUUUUACACAAUGAAUACCAGACUAAGUGAAAUUAAUCUUUUAUUAAUUAAAAAAAAUUAAUGUUUCAUUAAAUCACAUUACUUUUAAGUCAAUUUUAUACCAAAACCUUGUUUUCAAUAUGAAGUUAGUUUUUUUUGUGAAAAACAUUGAAAAUUGCAUUUGGAUAUCAUCCUCAAUAUGAAAAUUAUAGAGCCCUAGAUUUUUGUUAAAUACUUUUGUUUUCUAAUUUUAUUAUCACAUUUUUAUUAAAUGUUUUAUUUUUCUUUUGGAAGUUAUUUUUUAAAAAUACGUUUUUGAAUUUUUUUGGAAUGUUUUUUUUUGUAUACGUAAAUUUACAUCUUUGAUAUAUAUACUGGACAUUUUGUUAAUGCUUCUUGUACAUACUGUAUUAUAAAUGAAAAGUAUAAUAAAUGUAUAAAGUGAG